GGGCAACACAGUAGGAAAAUGAUAGAUAGCCAGAGAUUGGUACAGGAGCUUCAGGAACACAUGCGUAAACUACAGGAUGAUAUAGUAUUGCAAGAAACUGAAUUGAAACUGGAAAAAAGUACAUGUGAAAGACAAGAAAGCAGAAUUAAGUCAUUGGAGACCUUGGAGAGUCAAUUGACUGAAACACGUGAAUACCUAACUUCAAAAAGAAAGCCCUUACAGGCCACUCUCUCCUUCACUCGACAUCCAGACAUGCCAACUGCAACAAGUGCUGGACAAUGUGUGAAUAUUGACGAUUGUCUGUACUACAGCGGAAUAGAAUUCGAUUCCAAAGACAGCAGAACGAAGAAAUGUGAUAUCCACUGUUACACAAUUGGUCUUAAGAAAUGGUCAAAACUACCACAACAUCCGACGUGCGCACAAUUCAGUCUUGGACACAUCAACAGACAGCUAGUUGCGAUUGGAGGAUGGAAUUGCAGUAUGGAGAAAGCUUCCAACAAAAUUGUGCAUGUUCAUCACAGGAGAGGGAUGAAAAAAUUAGUCAUACGAGAUAUGUCUACACCAAGACAUAGCCCAAUGGUUGUUAGUUUGCCAUCGUGUGUAGUUGUUGCUGGUGGAAUCGUAGACCAAGAUGAUCAUUACACUGAUAUUGUUGAGAUCUACAAUAUUGGCACGGCAAAAUGGAGUCAAGCAGAAAGCAUGCCUAAGCUGUGCAGCUUUCAAAUGGUCGGAAUUGUUAAAGAAUCCAUGUACGUCAUUGGAAAUCGAGAUGAAAAUAGUAGACUCAAUGAAAUGUUUUGCACCUCGUUGGAUCAGCUUCUAUCUCAAGGGAAAGACGAAGGUUUACUGCAGCCAUCUAUCUGGAGACAGGUUGCGAAUACACCAGCGUAUUGCCAGUCAGCCAUUAUUGCAAGCAACAUUGUCCUAGCUAUGGGUGGUUACAAGACUGCCAAACUUAGCAACUUCGAGAUUGAUCAGUGUAUCUAUGCAUAUUCUCCCACGUUGAAUUCCUGGAUUAACGUUGGUGAGUUACCGAGCCCAAUGGCAAACCUCACUGUAGCUUCUUUGCCAACACGAGAAUUUAUUACUAUCGGUGGAUUUAACACGGCGAGUCAUCCCACAAAAACGGUCUACAAUGCAACUUUUAAUCUGUCAAUUCGGUAAACUGAUAAAAUAUUUAGAACCUCAUCACAGUACAUUACAAACUGAGCACAAGCACAUGCAUUAAUUAACUUUUGUGACUAGAUCUAUAUUAUUAUUACACAUUAUUUUAUAUUAUUAUAAUACACAUUAUCCAAUAUCUGUAAUCUAUAAUACGCAACUGCACAUGGGUUGAUUAUACAAAAAUUGUUCGAAUAUUAGCAAAAAUUAAUGAUUCAUGCAUAAUAGUGUGCACACAAUUGAUUCCA